AUGCCUCUGCCGCUCCUCCUGCUGCUGGUCCUGCUGGGCCCCGGCAGCCGCCUCAGCCUCGGGCUGCCGGACGGCCAGGGGGAUGCGGACGAGGACGACCUGGGAGAGUACGAUGACACGUAUGUCACGGACCCUCCGGAGAUGCUGGAAACUAUCGCAGGGGCUGGGGCCCCGGGGCCCGAGCAUCAGGCUACGAUGGGAACGCUGGGGCAAAGAGGUACCCCCGAGCCAGCCACUCUGGAGGCGACCACAGGAGCAACCCCUGGGAAGCCCAGCACGGAACUGGCCACAUCGGGGGUUCCUGUCACACCGGGCCCUCUGACCACAGAACUGGACACUACCACCCCUCCCAUCACAGAGGCUCCGUCCACAGCGGGGGCUCCGUCCACAGAGCUGGCCGCCGCAAAGGCCCUGCCCACAGAGCCACUGACCACGCAACGCAUAGCCACGGAGGCCCUGACCACGGAGUCACUGACCACACAACCCACGGCCACGGAGGUCCUGACCAUGGAGCCACUGACCACACAAUCCACAGCCACGGAGGCCCUGACCACGGAGCCACUGGCCACGCAAACCACAGCCAUGGAGGCCCUGACCACGGAGCCACUGACCACGCAAGCUGCAGCCACGGAGGCCUUGACCACAGAGCCGGCUACCACAGCAGCCCCUCCCACGAUGCCCACGACCACAGAGACCCUGUCCGAGGAGCCGGCCACCACGGCGGGUCUCUCCACGGCCCUUCUCGUGCCGUCUGACCCUCACCACGGGGGUGCCACCGAGGCCAUCGGCAACUCCUCGGACGCCUCCUUCAAACGGGGGAAGAGCAGCCAGGGCCUGCCCACGCCGAGCCCCACGCGGGGCCCGGAUUACAUGCCCGUGAAGCACUGCCUGCUGGCCAUCCUCAUCCUGGCGCUGGUGGCCACCACCUUCCUGGUGUGCACCGUGGUGCUGGCCGUGCGCCUCUCCCGCAGGAACCACAUGUACCACGUGCGCAGCUACUCGCCCACCGAGAUGGUCUGCAUCUCCUCCCUGCUGCCCGAGGGCGGCGAGGCGCCCGCCCCCACGGCCAACGGCAGCCUGCCGGCCGCCAAGGGCCCGGGCCUGAAGGAAGGGCCCCGGGAGGACCCCAGCGGGGAUGACCUCACCCUGCACAGCUUCCUCCCCUAG